AUGAUAUCUAUUGCAACACAACAGAUUGUCCUGAGAGUGGGCACCACCAGGGGAGGACGAGGGCCUGGCAGUCCGACCUCUACUGAGGCCGCUCCGUCCCCUGCAGGCUACUACGUGGGCAUGUGCUUUGCAGCCUCGGAAAAGCGGCUCUACUCCCCAAGCCAGGCCCCCGAGACCUGGCGGCUCUUCCUCCUCCUGGCCGUGACCCUGCCCACCAUCUCCUGGACCCUGAUCUACUACUGGUCCCGCGACCGGUGGGCCCGCCACCCGCUGUCCCGCACCCUGGCCCUCUAUGCCCUCCCACAGUCGGGCUGGCAGGCUGUCGCUUCCUCUGUUAACACUGAGUUCCGGCGGAUCGACAAGUUCGCCACAGGGGCCCCGGGUGCCCGUGUGAUCGUGACAGACACGUGGGUGAUGAAGGUGACCACGUACCGUGUGCACGUGGCCCAGCAGCAGGACGUGCACCUGACUGUGACGGAGUCGCAGCAGCACGAGCUCUCGCCGGACUCGAACCUGCCCGUGCAGCUCCUCACCAUCCGCGUGGCCAGCACCAUUCCUGCCGUGCAGGCCUUCGACAUCCGGCUGAACUCCACGGAGUACGGCGAGGUCAUUACCUACGUGCCUUCUGCUGCCCCAGGUCCAGGGAAGAGCCACACCUUAGCUUCCCGGCCGCAGGCACUGAGCACCACAGGCUGGUCAGAACGCAAGCACAGGACCGGGCACAGCCCCACGGGCCCACCUGGCUCGGAAGGGGACAUGCCCGUGGGCAAGGCAGAGGGUGUCUUACCAGUUCCUGGUGGGGUGGCAAAAGGGCAGUGCCAGGACCCAGCUCUGGGAGGCGUGGCUGCUGGAGCCUCAGACUCGUGA